AUGCACGAGACUCAAGGCGAGGCAAUGUGGGGGCAGCUUGGGGGAGUCCCUCCCCAUCCCGAUCGCGGCUUGGAGCUGCAUGGUACAGGGAAGCAACAAGGCUCUGUUGAGUUGCCUGUAGGUGGCGAAUCCAACUCUUCGCUUUCAUCUUUAGUCAUACCCAGCCGGCAUAGAUGGUCAGGCAAGUGGACAGCCAUCCUGACUCUGCUGCUCACCUUAACGGCAGUCGGCGUAGCUCAUCGCAGAGCGAAUGACGUGCUCAAGGUGUCUACAAAGACACCCGGUGAAGCUAUGCCUACAGGUGGCAAAACAAAGAGGCGUAAUGAGAAGCAGCCAGCACCUCUACGCAGCCGAGACUCUGUUACCGGCGCGGCAUACGGGGCAGGACAGGAGUCCGUCGGAGCUCUGAAUGGUGCUGAGUCCAUUCUAGGAUUUGAUGAAUCUCCAGUAGGAUUUGGAGACAGGGAGACGUCUGGAUAUCGUGAGUUCCCCCACGCGAAUUGGAUGGCUCCUGCUGCGGAGUGGCAUUUACCCCGGACGGAGGAGGCGGACACAUCCCCAGAGGGAGUUGCUGCCCGUCGGUUUUUGGUGGAGCUUGCAACAAAGGUUUGUUCAGGAGUUGGAUUUGAGAAUGUGGAUUCCCUCCCAACUCCUCAGGAGCGGGAUCUUGCUGCUGCGGUAGCAGAGACCCUAACAAUGGGACGGUCCAGUGAGCUUGUGGGUUUAGAGGUGCAGCUGGGAAACAUGAUGCCACUGGGGAGGGCUGUGAAUCCCGUCUCCUUUAUAGAUCCAGUGCGGAUAAACCGUAUUGUGGGUUCGGGUGUAUCAAGUUUAUAUGUGGAGGCGUAUGACGAGGCGAGCGGCCGUUUCGUCACCCUGCGUCUGCAUUUGGCUGUAGCAGAUGAUGAUAGGCAGCUGUCAAUAGAAGUCACUAAUAGGUGGGUUGAAAUUGCAAUGGAAACAAGAGCCCUCGUGCUAGCCUGCGGAGACGACAGUGUAUCCUGUGGAACGACGACGAGAGGUCUGCUCAUUGCUGACCACGUUGGAGCCCUUGUAACGGCAGACCCCAACCAUCGAGAUGGAAGAAUGACGAUAUUUCAGCGGGUUGAGGUAUACGAACGGCUCGUGUCGCACUUGCUACCUCUUGCAUUCUCCUUGCAAUACCAGAGAUCCCCCCAGGCGCUGCAGGCUAAAGCCUACAUAGCUACUCGGCUCGUGCUGCAGGCUCUCCACCUCCACCAAGCGGGAGUCUGUCACAAUGGGCUAUCCUGGAGGAACCUUUUCAUUAACCAGCAAGGCACCGUCCUCUUAGGGGGACUGGAGACACUGAAGCAAAUAGGAGAAGCCCUUACCAGAAGAGACAGCCUAGACCCCCACUACGCUGAUCCCAAGCUUGUUGCCGACUUUUUUGCUUCUUUCCGACAAGAUAUGCCUGCCUUCACGCAUGAAAAGAACGAUAUGUGGAGUCUAGGAGUUCUAUUAUUUGAGCUGUUCACGGGAGAAGAACUUGACAGCGAAUUCAGAGAAGGAAUAACUACUGGGGCCAUUACUCAAGAUGAACUGGCAGAACGCCUGCAGGCAACAGGCAUCUCUUCGGAGUGGAGGACUCUUGUGCAGGGCCUCCUGGAGCCGGAUAGAGAACAGCGGCUUUCAGCUGAAGGAGCCGCUCGCAUCUUCAGAAAGAUUUGGGAGAGGAGAAAAAAGCACGAUAAAACCGAACUACAGUUGUCACCGCCAGAGUUCCUCGUCCUUUGCCUUCUGCGCCCUGUCGCUAGCUCACAGGCACCCCGCCAGUUUAAUAAUUGUUGUUAUCCCGAGUGUCUGCUAUAUACAGCUCAAGAUGGAGUCAAGUUCUGUGGUACCGAAGAAACUGGAGUUCCCAGGGCAGAGGAGGAACGUGGGCCUUCGUAUAUUGACUCUGUUAAAACCCUGGCGAGUCUAACGGUGUUAUCCUUCACCGUCUCUUUCUUCCUCGCCAUUGCCUCUGUUCUCGCAGUCUUCUUCAGCUUCUUCAGCAUCUACUGGAUCGUAUUCACCGGCAUCCACAUCUUCUGCUCCAUGGUGGCAGUUGGCGCAGCCUAUGCGCAGUUUAGAGGCAUUGCGACUCAGGAACACCUCGAGGAGACAGUCCCCAUUGCUGCGUCUCUUCCAAAGGUCACAGAAGCAGUCUAA